GGGCUGAACCGAUACAGAAGGAAGAUUGAUAGCUUGAGACUCAGGAAGACAACUUCUGCAGGGUGACUCCCUGGCUUCUGGAGGAGAGGGAAGGAGGACAGUGGGCCAGUGGCACAGAAGUGACACACGAUGGAAUCUGGCUUCACCUCUAAGGAUGCUUAUCUAAGCCAUUUUAACCCUCGGGAUUACCUAGAAAAAUAUUACAACUUUGGGACCAGAAACUCUGCAGAAGACCAGAUUCUGAGGCAUGUUCUGAAAAACCUUUUUAAGAUAUUCUGCCUAGAUGGUGUGAAGGGAGACCUCCUGAUUGACAUCGGCUCUGGGCCCACCAUCUACCAGCUCCUCUCUGCUUGUGAAUCCUUCAAGGAGAUCAUCGUCACUGACUACACAGACCAGAACCUGCAGGAACUGGAAAAGUGGCUGAAGAAGGAGCCUGGCGCCUUUGACUGGUCCCCAGUGGUGACCUAUGUGUGUGAUCUUGAGGGAAACAGAGUCAAGGGGCCAGAGAAGGAGGAGAAGUUGAGGUGGGCGGUCAAGCAGGUGCUGAAGUGUGAUGUCACCCAGAGCCGGCCGCUGGGGGCCGUCCCACUGCUCUCGGCCGACUGCCUGCUGAGCACGCUGUGCCUGAACGCCGCCUGCCCAGACCUCUCUGCCUUCCGCAUGGCCCUCCAGAACCUCAGCAGCCUGCUGAAGCCAGGGGGCUUCCUGGUGAUCGUGGAUGCGCUGAAGAGCAGCUACUACAUGAUCGGCGAGCAGAGGUUCUCCAGCCUCUCUCUGGGCCCGGAGGCAGUAGAGGCUGCAGUGACAGAGGCUGGCUACACAAUUGAACGGUUUGAGGUGAUUCCUCAAGCUUAUUCGUCCACCAUAGCCGACAAUGAAGGACUUUUCUCGCUGGUGGGGCGGAAGCUGAGCAGAUCUUGAUUAAUCUCAAUUAAAGCAGGUUCUUUGACGUUCUAA